UUGUGUCUUUUUCUCUCCCAGAAAGUGUUGUUUGCGCUGUGUGCUCUGAAUGCCUUGACCACAGCGGUGUGUCUUAUGGCAGCUGCCCUGAGAUACCUGCAGAUCUUCACAGCAAGAACACCCUGCAUGGACGAGCCCAGGGCCACAGUGGAGGAAAGGGAGGAGCCUGCUCAGGUCCCAGACCCUGAUGAGUUUGUGGCCCCUGCCCCACCCCCUUCCUACUUCUCCACUUUCUACUCAUACACACCACGCCUGGCUCGACGGAUGCUAGGGGACAGUGUGAUUCCUCUCCCUCAUAUCUACGGUGCACGCAUCAAAGGGGUGGAGGUGUUCUGUCCACUAGAUCCCCCUCCUUCAUAUGAGGCUGUUGCUGGAAGCUCUACCAGUGCAGUCACACAGGAGACAGAGAUUGCUCUGACAGAGAUGACUAUGAACUCAGCUACCUCAGCAACAGGAGCCACUGUGCAAGUUUACAAGCCACAUACUACCCCUGAACCAACUGCUAAUACCAGCUCCCACUGCGAUGGUUCUUCUAAGCCAGAGAAUCCACAAGAGCUCUCGUGCACUGACCCAAGUACAAGCACUCCUCCGCUCCUUCCUGACAAAGACAUGAGUGCCCAAACACAAUCGGCAUUAGCAGGCGUCCUUCCACAGUUCAGUCAUCAGCCCCAGUCACCUCCUCAGCAGCAGCACGCUCCAGCAGUGAUUCCCUGGAGGAAACCAAGGAUCCAACGUUACAACAGUGAUCCAGUAUUAAUGGACCUCGCUACUAAAGUGCAGGGUAGCACUCCUCUCGCUCCCUCUCCUCAGACCACAGACUCUUCCACCCAGACAUCGCAGCCUACACUGGCCGCCCACGCCCAAGGCCAUGUCACAAUGCGACGGGGUAACAACAGUAGGAUGCCUCGCCGGCCUCGGCCAUCCUCCAUGGUGGACUACCAGAGCUACCAACACACACAGCAGCUGGUCAGGAAAAUCCUGGAGCAGCCAGCAGCCCAGGGCCUGACCCCUGAAGUCCAGGAGCUGGUGGACAGCAUACGAACUGUCUUGCAGUCAGAUCAGGAGCACAUGGAGGAGGCUGUACGCUGUGCCAGCUAUAUUGAACAGGUAUUCACUGACUCAGACAUGUGUCCCAGUCAACCUAAACCUCCCCAGCAGCAGCAGCCAGUAGGCAGUUCCUCCCAGACUUUCCCUCGCCCUCCCACGAGAAGGCCUGGUCUGCUGCACCUGCAGAGCUGUGGAGACCUCAGUUCCUUUACCUGUGCUGCGUUUGAGGCUCUGGAACAUCGAGGAAACAGCAGAAAAACAGGGUCAAGGGCUGGCUCUAAAGCAGAAUCCAGAGCAGGGUCAAGGCCAGGGUCCCGCCUAGAUCAUCCUGAACGGCCUCACAGUCUGAUUGGAGUCUUUAGGGAGACGGUGCUUUGAAGGAAAACCAGUGGUAUUAAAAUAUGUUGGAGGGCAACACAGCUGGAUGCUGCCUUAUCUGUUGCUAAACUUCCAGAAAAACUAUUAUAACCCAACCACUGAGGAGGAUUGGUGUGUGUGAUGUGUGCAGAUAAGUGUGUAUGGGUGCAGUUUUUUAAAACUUUCUUUGUUCUGCUAAUAUUGUUUUUGUGAAAUCCCUUAAAAUAUGGGCACCUUGUAUUGAAACAUAGUACCCAGCAUCCAAUGUUUGUAUGCUUUUAUUGAGAUUUUAAUAUUGUAACAGGUUUGCAUUUCUUCCAGUCAACAGCUAUAAAUUAAUAGAGGAAUUCUUUGACAUUUAUUUUGUAUUUAAUGACCACAUGCAUUGACAUUUACAGAUAUUAAUAAAAGAGUAAUGCUUUACUUAAGAAGUGUGGUACUAAAUUUAAUAGAAAUGGAAAGAAAAGUACAUAUUCAUCUUUUAUUAAUUUAUUAUUGAAAAACUUUAUUAAGCUGGAUCGUGUGCUUGUCUGACCUGCUGUGCUCUGACUAAAAGAAGCAGUGUAUCGAAAGAAGAAGUUCUUUCCAGGAAACAGCAAAACUUGGUUGUCAGUCAAGAGUCUGUUGACUUUCUGCAAAGCAGCCUCUUGUGGUGCACUUUGUAGCAGAGGAGGGUUAUAUGAAAGUGAAUGAUGUGCCACAGCUAGCAUAGCUUCCUCUGUCAAGACAGUUUGCAAAUGGCUCAAUUAUGCACAUUCAAGUUCCAUGCAAAAUAAGGUGUAGUGCUUCCUUUGCAAUGAGUUGUCCAACUAAAUGUUGGACUGAGUGGGAACUAACGUCAUGCAAAGGUAGUCAUGGCAAUUACUGUUUAUGUCCCUGGACAACUAAGGUCAGCUGUAUUUUUGCAAAAUCGGCCAUGCAUGUUCAUCAGAAUUUGAAUAAAUUUAGUUUAAUUGUUGAACACAGGCUUUGGCUGAUGUGAGGUGUUUCCUUUUUCUUGCACUUUGUCUUAUUUGUAAUUACUAUUAGAGUAUUUGCAGCUCUCUGAAGAUCUUGUUUCCCAGUCAUAAUUCUGACUUAAAUGUUGGCAUAAAUGAUAUUACUAAUAUCUCCCACAUAAUGUGACACAGUAUAAUAAACUGGCAUUUAAUAAUGUUCUAUGAAGGCUGUAAACAUAGAUUUCUUUAGCUGUCCUACUUUUAUUUUCAUUAACUGUAUCACUGCUGUUUGUCCUGGAAGUGGAUGAUUGUCUUGAGGUUUUACCAUCAAAACUGAUGCUGCGCACAGAAAGACGAUAAUUCUGAAGAGAGACAUUGAAAAUCUACAGAGCAUCCGGUUUUGGAAUUUAAAAUAUAAAGUCUGACAAACAUCAGGGUGGCGCUCACUCAGUGCACAGCGGAAUUAUGUAGCUGCUUGAUGUCUACAGGCUUCCACACAGUCUGAUACAUGGAAAAAUAAAGGCUUGAGCCACACUUGACAUGUGACAUAAACACUGGCUUUAUCAUUAGUUUCAGUCUUACAGAACUUUAUGCACAUAACCUGUAUAAGUGUGUUUUUGCUGUUUACUGACUGGAUAGUUCACCUGUUUUGCAUUUUCACACUGACACACUGGAGCAGGAGACAUUACUGACAGCCUAUCUAUACAGAGGACCCCUGGCAAAAAUUAUGUAAUCUCCAGUCUUGGAGGAUGUUCAUUCAGUUGUUUAAUUGUGUAGAAAAAAAGCAGAUCACAGACCUGACACAAAACUAAAGUCAUUUCAAAUGGCAACUUUCUGGCUUUAAGAAACACUAAAAGAAAUCAAGAAAAUAAAUGUGGUAGUCAGUAACAGUUACUUUUUAGACCAAGCAACGGGAAAAAAAAAUGGAAUCACUCAAUGUCUCCUUGUCCUGUUAAAGUUAAAGUAAUGAAGUGAGAUAUCAGGGUCAUCAUCAUCCUAACACUUCCUCCUCACCUUUUACAGGUUUUAAACUGGCCUAGUCUUUAAUUUCUUUGGCAAUGCUCUGCCUUUUUUGCUUUUAUAACCGCUAACCAUACAUCUACAAGCAGUGGUGUUAAACAGGGCUGCUCAUUGUCCCCACAUCUGUCUUGCUCACUUCCCAACUUGUUGCAACUUGAUAUGGUAGUGGGACAAAUUGAAAGGUUGACCUGACUUUGGAUCACCAAAGUCAAGGAUUCAUCCUCUCUCAUCGAAUUUUAUUGUACUGAUCCGAUCAUGAGAUGAAUAAAGGGGAAUAAAGUGGUGGACUGACUGGCUAACAUUGCCAACCCUAGAGAGAAAAAGAAAAGAAUCUACAGAAGAAAUAUUUUACUAUUUUUAAACAUCAUAAUUCAUAUCAAUGCACAGCUGUAUAUUCCCAUUCAAAUCCUCAAAUGUACUAUUGGAAAUCUGAAAUCUGAAAGGUCACCAAACAAAUGUUACAGCGCAAUUGCAUUUCUAAGAUUUUCUACAGGAAGAGAAUUCACAGCAUAAAAAUCCUCAUGAGAUCACGAGGGUUCAUUUAGACACCACAGUCUAAGCCAAAGUCCUUCUGCAAGUCAUUUAUUGUUUUAUACUGUUCCAAACAUUCUGGCUCUGGUACAGGAAUGUAACUCCAAUAGCUAGAACAUCACAGAAAAAAGCUAGCAAAUAAAUAAACAUUGUUGCUGCUUACAGGAAUUUUUCUUGUAUGUUUUUUUUUCUUUAGACACAUUGAGAGUUAACAUUUCAGUUACAUUCAAAAUGAGUGCACUUAUAAAUACUUUUAGCCAACCCUGCAGCCUGCCACCAGCUUUAAGUGCUUGUUUUCUUGGUUAGCUUCAUUGUGUCACGCUAACCUACAAUCCCUGACCGACCGUGGGGGAAAAUAUCAGACACCUUAAAUAAUCUUGUGCUCUAGCUGUAUAUACAGUAUACACAUGAAUGUUAUUUCACACGUUUUCUACAUUCCAAUCAGCUUGAAAGACCAUUCACAAUGCUUUCUUAUGACUAAAGCUUGCUUAUAGUCCAACCCAAACACGCAAAACCAUUAGAAGUAUAUACCUUUACAUAGUUUUCUAUAUAUUUAAUCUAUAAUGGUACUUUAUAUAUCCAGCUGGUUUUUGUUUGAAAAUGGAGUACACUGGUUGUAAUCACACACCACACACACACACACACACACACACACACACACACACACACUAGAAGUGAGAAUGGUACAGCGGAAUCACAUGGCUCUAGAGAAGGCCAUGUUUAAAGUAAAAAAAUGGCUGCCGUAGCCCUAGUCCUCCGUCAGUAUCAGUUUUAACAUCAUAAAAAGUCCAGUAUUAGUAGUAAGGCCUGAUGAGCUUCAUUGAUGAGGACAGACUUUUGGAAUAAGCAGUGGGGGUUGAAGUUGCAGAUACAUGUUACCAUUUUUCUUUAAACUAGGUGGGUGUAAAAAGAGAACACAAGUCCUGUUAGCAAUGUCAAACAGGAAAUUAAAAAAGCUUAUCAUAUUAAAAAACAUCAUGGAUGCAGGUAUUUUCCCAGAGAAACAGCUGGUAAGCAGCUGGAAGGAGUUGGUGUGUUCAAAUACUUCAGUAAACUGGAGAAAAGAAGCCCCACAGUUUCACAAAGAAAUCCAAAUGUAGUUAUUCUUGCAUUAUGGAUGUGCUCACCUUUAGUUAUGUUGAAGCAAAUUUCUAUUCAGACUAGUUUAGUUUUACUGUUGUAACAGCUCCAUAAAAA